AUGGGUAACGCAGUUUUUACCACCGUUUAUCUCGACCACGAAACGAUAGAUGAACGCGAAGCUGUGGAAGCUGGAGAAUCCUUGUCUGGAAAAGUUGUUCUCGAUGUGGAGACAGACGUUGAUCCCGAAAAUUUGUAUAUCAAGCUAUAUGGAAGAGAAAUAUGUGAAAUUCAUGGUCGGGACACCAGUUCCAAGGACGAGAUAAUAUUUUUUCAAUCCCGAUUACAACUAUACAAAAACACUGAUGCCGACCAAAUUUUGCCCAAUCGCUACGUCUUUCCCUUUGAUGUUCCACUUCCCACAUCGUUACCGUCUUCACUCUCGUCGGAUGAUGAACUAAUUACCCAAGGAUCCUUUGGAAUCCAAUAUACCUUGAUGGUUUGUGACGAGACCAGGAAACGAUUGCGAUAUACCCGUACAUUUGACAUUGUCUCGGCCGAAGAUGCCGACCCACAACCCCGACCCUGCUUUUAUCAGCCGGAACCAUUCUAUGCCGAAGAUAUUCAUCAUGAUUUGUUGGGGAAAAUCUAUCUUGGCGCCAAGGUUUCUGAUGUCAAUAUGAUCCAUGGCGAAGAGCUGGAUUUAGCCUUGUCGUCUCGAAAUCGUUCCACUGCCUAUAUUGAACGCAUCGAUGUGGCAUUGGAAGAGGAACACAGUUGGGUGACGGAUAAGGACGAAGCAAGUAUCACGUUGACGCUAGCCGAGCAACAGGGUGUGGAUGAACAUGUCUCCAAGCUCAAAAUUGAUGGCUUGGAGGAUGAAUCUCAAGUCCGGGACGAUUUGCGGGUGGACGAGGCGACGGCGCGUCGAAUGUACCAGGAAUUGAAGCACAGCAGUUCCAGUCGCUUUGGAUUGGCGACGCCCGAGACUGCUCAAGAGUCUUUUCAUGGAUCACUGAUACAAAUAAAGCAUCAAAUCAAGGUCACGGUCAUUACGGAAAUCAAACCUGAGUUUGGAUACUUUUCCUUCGCCAUACCCAUUGAAAUUAGAGCCAAGGCGUAUGAUAGUCUAGAGGAUCCACCAUCGGUGUACGAGCAAGACGAGCAAGAUGUGAUAUUUCCCAAAGCGAGUGCGACGGUGGAUUGUAUCAUCAUGGGACGGGACGCUUCCAUGGAAGACUGGUGGGACUAUGGAUACAAGGCGGAAGAAACUUCACCAUCCUUGGCAGGAAUGUUGGAUGAUCUCACUGUAACCUUGAAUCAGCACGACACGAUUGUGUCCAAAAUGAAGGAUAUUGAAUGGGCCAUCUUUUGUGGCUCCAUGAACCCCAAGGAUUUUGGCCGCGUCAUUCAGCACGUCCGCUUUGGUGAUUUGCAAACGAUUGCGGGUAUUUUGAUUGCAACUGCCUAUGGAGGAGACUUUACAUGUGGGCAUUGUGGGGCCGCCAUUGCCAAUGCCCAUCAAGUUUUUCGGCCGGCCAUGGCUGAAGCGUUGCUACCCUUUUGCUCAGAUCUGGCACAUGGGAAUGAAGUCAUUCGUGGACAAUUGAGCGAGUUUGAACAGAUCAUUGUCGCACUUCGCGCGUUGGGCGGAGAAGAAGAGGAGGAGGAAGAUGAUUUUCACAAUUCCACGUCAAAAAUGCCGACUUUAAGACCCCGAGCCAGAGCAAGACCUUCCGAUGCAAGCGCAAUGAAUGGUUCGAUCACUCCACUGCCUGACGAUAUAUGCAUGGGAGUAGAAGAACACCAGGGGACAGUAGAUCUUCUCUAUGUUAUCCGGGAUAUUGUAGACUCUGACCCCACUUGUGAAUUCUCUCCUGACGUCUAUCGGCGAAUCCGAAAACGUGUCAAGGGCAAACGCUUUCUCAUUCGUCCAUUCGAUGAACUGCCUCACUACUGGCGGGUUGCUUCAGAUCGAGAAAAGAUUGCCUAUUGCGGAGAAUGUUACGACAAGGACAGAAAGAGUGCCGAAAAGGCCGAAGAAGGCCAGUGGGGCGAGAAUAAUGAUACUGACGAAUCUGUUGGUACGAAGGCAUGGCACAAUGAUCUCCGUGAUGGUGGAAAUGAAUGGGUCUUGGCGAUGACUGUGCAUUCAUACUCAGCCUCUGUAUAUGAUGAUGAUGAUGACGAGGACAACAGGCCGAUUCCAGGUGACAUCUGUUUUGGAAAGCAACAUCACCCAGGAAAUGAGACGAUGAAACGAGUCAUAAAACAAAAUAUUAUCGAGUUUAACGGUGGCGAGUGGUCCCCUGAAGUAUACCAAACCAUCAAGGCAGAUUUGCGAGGGAGGCGAUAUUUUGUUCCACACGAACAAGGCGGUUGGGAGCUGGCAACCUCUCGUCAACGCAGAACAGAAAUGGGCAAAAUUUACGCUGCUGAAAAGAAGGCUCUUAAAUCUGAAAAAGCAUCCUCGCCUCCUACAUCCCCUGUGAAUGCAUCUGGAAAAGCAUCUAUCAACAAGUCUGGAAAAGUAAUUUCCGAUUCGCCGGGGAAAUCACCUCCCAAAAAGGCUGGAAGAGCAAGCUUUUCAGCAAGUAUGACAUCCAUGUUUUCGAAGAAAAAGAAAAGGUCGAAACAGGAUCGCGAUAGUGCGGAGAACGAAGUGCUAGAGUUUGAACCAGACCUUGAGCCCGAGCCACAGUCACAGCAAGAGCAAGAAAUUAAUAGAGCAGAGAAACCAGAGAAACCAAAAGGAAGGAAAAAAGGCGGGCGGAAAAGUGCAAGCAGUAAGCCAGAGAAGCUGGAACCAGAUGACGGAGAUGUCUGUUUUGGUCUGAACAAUCAUCCUGGCACCAAGGCGUUGCACACCGCUAUUGUGAACAUUUUGCCACAAUAUGAGGAUGCAGAAUGGUCCCCUGCAGUGUACAAAGCCAUUCGUUCGCAGAUACAGAAUGCUCACUUUUUCAUUCGGACUGAAGUGGAUGCACCAUGGAAAGAAGCGAGCGCCAACCAACGGAUUUUCAGAGUCCGCACGCAGUUUGAACUCAGUCAGAAGAAGAGGAGAAUGAAGAUUGGUGAAGAAGCGUUAGUCUGA